AGAAGCCAGAUGAGACUACAACUAUUUGUCCAAAUUAAGGAGAUACAGCCGGGAAUCUAUAACCUUUAUCUGUAAUGACAAUCUUAUCAACUAGUAUGAUUCCCUUGGUGUCAAAAUCCAGACAUGUUUACCUAAUUUUAAGAUCGAAGAAGUUACAAAAAGGAGAAGUUACAGUCAACUGGCUCUCCUAAGCAUACGGGAUGUCUAGUAUUGUUCCAAUCUUCAGUUAUUACAUGUCCUGUCUUUGAGUUUCUAAUUUUGACAGUUCUUGCAUUGUAUAUAAGCUCAUUAUUUUACGAGCAUUUUAGCAAAUACCCAGCACUUGCUUGCUUUGUUUAUCGCUUGCCUAAUCCUCGCUUAGUUUUAGUCAUCUCCUUCUGAAAAAGGUUUCUGGGGUUAACUGUUCUUUAGAGAAGCAAACAUGCCAGCCGUUGUAAUUGCUUCUGAUGGUGAUAUGCCGGAGUUCGAAGGCAAGAUAACAUUUACGGUAAUCGUAUGUGUGAUGAUUGCAGCUUGUGGAGGUCUCAUGUUUGGCUAUGAUAUUGGAGUUUCAGGUAAUACACUUUUUUUUCCCCUUCAGUACGCAUCUGUUUGCAUGCGAACAAUCAAUGGUUGUUUUUGUUAUGUGGAAUUUGCAGGUGGGGUUACAGCCAUGGAUGACUUCUUGGAAAAAUUCUUUCCUGCUGUUUAUGAAAGAAAGAAACAUGCCCACGAAAACAACUACUGCAAAUACGAUAAUCAAUUUCUCCAAUUGUUCACAUCUUCCUUGUAUAUUGCGGCUCUAAUAGCCAGCUUUUUCGCUUCAAGAACUUGCACAAAAUAUGGCAGGAAGCCAACCAUGCAGCUUGCUUCUAUUUUCUUCGUAAUUGGAGUUGCUCUAAGUGCCUUGGGAGUCAACAUCGAAAUGGUAAUCAUUGGGAGAGUUUUUCUCGGCUUGGGAGUUGGAUUUGCCAAUCAAGCAGUUCCUCUGUUUCUAUCAGAGCUAGCUCCUGUCAAGAUCCGAGGAGCACUAAACAUUUGCUUCCAACUCUUUGUAACAAUUGGAAUCUUGAUUGCCAAUGUGGUUAACUACUUCACUGGAAAAAUCCAUCCACAUGGUUUUAGAAUUUCUCUUGGACUUGCAGGCCUACCAGCUUUAAUGCUAGGACUAGGUUCAUUAGUUAUCGUGGAGACUCCAACGAGUCUUGUGGAGCGCAAUAAACCAGAAGAGGGUAGGGCAGUGCUUAAGAAGAUCAGAGGCGCAGACAAUGUUGAUCUUGAAUUUGAUUCCAUAGUGCAUGCCUGUGAGAUUGCUAGGCAAGUAACCGACCCAUAUCGUAGACUCAUGAAGAGGCCAAGCAGGCCACCACUAGUGAUAGCCAUCUUGCUACAAAUAUUCCAGCAAUUCACAGGGAUCAAUGCCAUUAUGUUCUAUGCACCUGUUCUCUUCCAGACUGUAGGAUUUGGAGAUGACGCUUCUUUGCUUUCAUCUGUUAUAACUGGCAGUGUCAAUGUUCUAUGCACUAUGGUUUCAGUCGUCGCUGUAGAUAGAGCUGGCAGGAGGAUUCUGCUGCUUGAAUCUUGUGUGCAAAUGCUCGUUACCCAGACUAUCAUUGGAAUUAUCCUGAUGAAGGAUUUGAAAGCUACCGGCGAUCUACCAAGUGGAGAAGCUUUAAUUGUGGUGGUCAUGGUGUGUGUAUUCGUUGGUGGGUUUGCAUGGUCAUGGGGGCCUCUAGGUUGGUUAAUUCCAAGCGAGACUUUCCCUCUUGAAACAAGAACAGCUGGGUACUCUUUCGCUGUGAGCUCUAACAUGCUCUGCACCUUCAUCAUCGCACAAGCUUUCUUGUCGAUGUUGUGCAAAAUGCAAGCAGGGAUCUUCUUCUUCUUUGCAGCUUGGAUCAUUGUAAUGAUGUUGUUCGCCUUCUUUUUCAUCCCGGAGACAAAGGGCGUCCCUGUAGAUGUCAUGGUUGAUAAAGUAUGGAAGCAACAUUGGUUCUGGCGUAGAUUUUUUGAUGAAGAGGGAGAUGAACACGUCAAGGAACAGCCUGACCUCAUUCCUCCAUACAUGACAUGAACAUAAAUCAAAUGGAAAUCAACCAUCCACAGUAGAGAGACCAGAACCGUUCUGAAUUCAGAAUUACGUCAAUUAUGAAUGCCAUUGUACCGCGGUUCCAGCUUUUAAGGGGAGUUUUAGAAUAUAAUCCUGUAAU